UUAAAAUGUUGACUCAUAAAUUGCGAAGGCGUGUUACUCGUUUUGGAGAACGUCCUCGAGACAUUCGUCAGGCUGGUUUUUUAUUGGAAGGAAAGCCUAUAACAUAUGAAGAUCUUCGAUUUGAGCGUGCAUUAGCUUACAAUCUUGACAUUUCAAAUGAAAUUGUUGUUGAAACGCCAAAAGUAAUUGAACGCAACUCAUCUUCAUUGUCUUCAUAUUCUUCAUCUGAUCAAAAUAAAAAACUGCUUAAACGUCCUAGAAAUAAAACAAAAUCGAAGAAAAAGGCGAAAAAUACUUGGGCGGAAGACGAAGCUGUUGCUAAAGAAUUGCAAAGAUUUAAUAAUGAGUUUGAUGAAAUUGAUGACUUUCAAUUGUUGACAGAGGAGGCGCCACGUGAUUUUUAUGUUAUUAAAAAACGGAAGAGGACAACUCCGAAGGAGCUGCAACAAAUUAAUGAACCAGUUGUUCCAGCAGAAUCUUCUCUCUUCUUUUCUAAACAAGAUUCAACACAAUUUACUUUGCACAACACACCUCUUCCACCACAACAACAACAAGAAGAAGAAAAUUUGUCAGCAAAUAUUUCUGAUGAAAAUGAAAUUGUGCCAGAAUCACCGAUUCUAAACAAUUCGCCAAUUUUCAAAGAUAUCCAAGAACAACAACAAUUUGCUUCAAUUUCUUUAAAAUCUCCAACAUUGUUGGAAGAAACUACUCAAAAAACUAUUCCUCCACAAGUUUUUACUUUGGACUCAACUGAAUCUGAUGGAAUUGUACAAAAUGUUGAUGGGCAGUCAUUGUCUACUGCUAAAGAAGCUUCACAAAAUUCAACUGAAAAAUCUUCAAUUGUUUGUUCAUCAUCCAAUUUAUUGCCUCCAAAAAAAAUUUUUUCUUCAAUUUGUGAAGAAGAGGGAAAUGCUGUUGUUGAUGUUAUUCAAUUGGAUAGUGCUUCUUCUAUUCAACAGACUUCAUCAAAAAUCCAAACGCGAUCAAUGGCUAAGGAAUCUUCAAAAAUCUGUUCAUCAUCCAAUUUGUUGCCUAAACGAAUUUUUUCUUCUAUUUCUGGUAGUAUGCAAGACAAAGAAGAGGAGGUUAUUCAAUUAGAUUCUUCUAUUAAGCAGCAAUCUUCAAGUAUCAAUAAAUCUCUUUCGACAGCUAAAGGUUUUUUUCUUUUAAUAAAAAAAAUUUUUUAA